AUGAGUAUUGACAUUAUGCCUCGGCCUGGUUCGCCAGACUCAGCGACUGCGAGUGGCGGAUACCAACAUGAGAAGCCAGUCAAUCCAUUCCUUACCCCCUACGCUUCUGGAGAUCCAUCGAGGGCGGCAUCAUCUGCAGUACUCGUCCAGCCCAUGCUCAACCAGAGAUACUUCCACUCCCGCAGAGUCAAGAAAGGCGAGGUGCAGAAGCCAUGGACAAAGGUCAAAGAUCCUCGAGAGAAAUGGGUAACAAUUAUCCCAUUGAUUGGACUUGCAAUUGGUUUCGGGCUUGCUGGUCUGCUGGUCUGGGAUGGUCUUCGAACCGUGGUCAAUCACCAGUACUGUCCAGUGUAUUUGGAUGAUUUCUCGAGCGGCUUUAACUCCAGGAUUUGGACCAAAGAAGCUGAAGUUGGGGGUUUUGGGAACGGUCAGUUCGAGGAGACCACUGUGACGGAGGAGAAUGUUUUUGUGAGAGAUGGAAUGCUUCAGAUCAAGCCGACUCUUCAAGAUGCUAAAUUGAUCGAGACUGACAACGUCAUUGAUCUGCAGGCCAGUGGCAUAUGUACAUCAUCAGUCUGGAGCAACUGCAUUACCGGUACAAACAGAACCAAUGGCACCAUUGUCAAUCCUGUCAAGUCUGGGCGUAUCCAUACAAAGAAAGGCGCUGUGAUCAAAUAUGGUCGGAUUGAGAUCGAAGCCAAAUUACCUGAAGGUGAUUGGCUGUGGCCUGCAAUCUGGUUGCUCCCUGUCGAGGCCAAGUAUGGGGUGUGGCCACAGUCUGGAGAGAUCGAUAUCGUCGAGUCUCGAGGCAACAACCACACCUAUCCGCAAGGAGGAAACAACAUUGUUUCCAGCGCUCUACACUGGGGUCCAGACGCUGCGAAUGAUGCUUGGUGGCGGACCAACGUCAAGAGGAACGCAUUGCACACAACCUUCGCGAAAAAGUUCCAUACGUUUGGGCUGGAAUGGUCGGAGAAAUAUAUCUUCACCUACAUUGACACGCGGCUGCUGCAGGUUUUGUACACCAACUUCAACAAGCCACUCUGGGGACGUGGCCGCUUCCCCCAGGCCGAUGCGAAUGGCACUCGCAUUGUGGAUCCAUGGACCAAGUACAACCGUGCAUCGACACCAUUUGACCAAGACUUUUAUCUCAUCCUGAAUGUCGCCGUUGGCGGUACGAAUGGAUGGUUCGAAGACGGCAAAAAGGGCAAACCCUGGGUCGAUGCCGGUCAGACUGCGAAGAAGGAUUUCUGGAACGCGCGAGACACAUGGUAUCCGACGUGGAAGGACGGCGGCCAAAUGACUGUCAAGAGUGUGAAAAUGUGGCAGCAGCAGGGAUACAAUGGAUGUGAGUGA